CCCAAUUAAACAGCGACUGGAUGGUGAUCUGGAUCGAUUUCAAACAAACCCUAGAUCAAAUAUAAACAUUGUAAUAAUUAGUAGACUUGCAGUUGAAUACGUUUCUUUCCCUCCUGUCCGGAUUUGGAGACCGAUUAGUGAUUCGCUUCGUGUUUUCUUGGAUUCAGUUUCUUCAAUCACAGAGUCUUGAUAUAAUUCAAUGCUACUUAUUUGUUGCUCGUAACAUUUCAAAAAAGUUCGGGAUCCCUUACCCAGUUUCAUUCGACAAAGUCGAACUCCAGUUGGGUUUUUCCAGCCCCAUUAACAGUUUCCAUUCAUUUAUAUUUAUCUGUAAUUUUUCACGUGGGGGUUCACAGGAGAAACUGUUUUUUUGUAUCUGAUUUUCUUAUCACAAGUGGGUCUUUGGAAUUUGGUGGAUUUUACAAGCGACAAAGUGAUAAAGAUUCAAUUUUGAGGGUAGCUAGCUUUUAUGGUUUUCGCCCAAAUUGGAGGCGAUAUUAGGGAAAGGGAUAAAGUAGAGCAAUUUUUCCCCUUCUUGGUAGUUUCUUGUUUUUGUUUCUUUUCAUUUUUCCCUACUCGGUGUUGAGUAUUCAAUAUAGCCGGCAAAAGUGUGGAUGAGAAUAGGGAGAUGAGCGGUGAGGCUUGGGGAUAAUGAGUACAGGAGGAGGAGGAUCUUUGGGCCUUCGAUCUUCAGGGAGUUAUGGUUCAUUGCAACAGCAGCAGCAAAUCCAAAACGGCUCGCUACUAUUACCCGUUCAAAUCACACCGCCUAGAAAGCCUCCGAAGAUGCUCAAGGAUAAGGAGAAGUUGUUCCAAUGGUUCUGCAAAUUCGCCCCUCGAAAGAAGGUUGGGAUGCUGCUUUUGUGCCUUGUUUCCUCUGCAGUUUUCGGAUGGGUCUUGUAUGUUGGCAAAGGUGAAGAUGCUCGAGAGAACAUAGUUCAGAGCAUAGGCAUUCAAUCAGGGCCGAUAUCUCAGGAGAAGAACACGAGUGAAGAUUUAUCUGCUGAAGAUAAAGAAUUGGUGGGUGCAUGUCCAGUUUGCUACCUGCCUCUGGAAGAUGCUGUUGCUCGUAUGCCAAAUGCAUCUUCAUUUUCCCCUGUGCUGAAAAACUUGACAUAUAUUCAUGAGGAGACUUUGACUAAGUCUGAAUUCGGAGGUUCAGAAUUUGGUGGAUAUCCUUCUCUUGAAAUGAGGAAUGAUUCGUAUGAUAUAAGAGAGUCAAUGAGCGUGCACUGUGGGUUUGUCAAAGGAGUGAAACCAGGCCGUCAGACGGGGUUCGAUAUUGACGAUUCUGACCUUCUUGAGAUGGAUUCUUGUAAAGGCGUGGUGGUUGCAUCAGCAGUUUUCGGAGCCUUUGAUUUAAUAAGACAACCAAAGAACAUUAGUGAAUACGCCAAACAGAACGUUUGCUUUCACAUGUUUGUGGAUGGUGAAACUGAAGCUUUUUUGAGGAACUCGAGUGAGCUUGGCAGUGACAACAAAGUUGGUCUGUGGAGAAUCAUUGUUGUUCGCAAUUUACCUUACUUGGAUCCUAGACGCAAUGGAAAGAUUCCAAAACUUUUAAUGCACCGGCUUUUCCCCAAUGCCCGUUACUCACUGUGGGUCGAUGCAAAACUUGAGCUUGUUGUGGAUCCAUUUCAGAUUCUAGAAAGGUUUCUGUGGAGGAAAAAUGCGAGUUUUGCAAUAUCGAGGCAUUAUAAGCGUUUUGACGUCUUUGAAGAAGCAGAAGCUAAUAAGGCUGCCGGGAAGUAUGACAAUGCUUCCAUUGAUUUCCAGGUCGAAUUUUAUAAAAAGGAGGGUUUAACACCGUAUUCUAUGGCAAAAUUACCGAUUACUAGCGAUGUUCCUGAAGGAUGUGUGAUAGUAAGGGAGCACAUUCCAAUCUCCAAUCUCUUCACAUGCCUUUGGUUUAAUGAAGUCGACCGUUUUACUUCUAGAGAUCAGAUAAGUUUUUCAACUGUGAGGGAUAAGAUCUGGUCGAAGGUUAAUUAUACAAUCAAUAUGUUCCUCGACUGUGAAAGGCGAAACUUUGUUAUCCAGGGUUACCACCGAGACUUACUCGAGCAAUGGCCUCCUCCACCGCCUCCCGUUGGUGUUUCUGGCGUGCAUCCUCCGCCAGUUAUAGUAUUUAAUGAAAAUUCAAACAAAUCCAAUUCAGGAAUUUCAUCUGAGAAUAUUAUUGUAAGUAGGAACCCAGCUCGGAAAAUUCCUGCAAGACGUGGUAAAGAGCGGAGGUCAAGGCGUCACCGGAAAGUCAUUGCCGCCGGCCAGUAAAAAUAACGAUUAUGAAUUAAUUUUUUUUAAUUAUUAUGUUUAUUAUUAUUAAUUCUUUCCUUCCCUGUUUCAAAUUUCUCAUUAGUUAGGCGGGGUUAGGAGGUGUCUAUGAUGAGAUUUUUUAGUUUAUGUAUCUAUACAAACGACGUUGUCCAUUUUUGGUCUAUCAUUUUUUCUUAUAGUCAUCACAUUUAAAUA